AUGCCAGUUGACCCCGCGGAAGAGCUCAGCCCAAGGACAGAACAUCCGGUACUAGAGCUGGAAGAAAAAGAAGACAUACGCGAGGUGUCUGCAGAUGUAGAGGAAGCCCCAUGUGAAACAUCAAAGGAGUCAUCCCCUGAUGGCCCCAGUGCUGCUCCAGAAGCAAGUAAGGAGCCAGAGGAACAUCAAGAAGCAGAGCCCCCGAUGGAUGAGGCACAGGAACCAAUAGACCUGGAAUUCAGCGGUAUUUGCCAGAAAGACCUCCGCCGCUGUGCCCUACUAGGCAAAGGUGGAUUCGGAAAGGUUCUCCUUAUUCAGCACAAUACCACAAAGAAAUAUUGUGCUGUAAAAGCCAUGGCCAAAGAGAAGAUCUACACCUCUGAUGACAUUGAUGGAAUCUUGACAGAGAAACGCGUCAUGCAAAUCACCAAGGAGAGCCUUUAUACUGUCAAUUUAUACGCCACUUUCCAUACAAAGAAUAUGCUCUUCUUUGUAAUGGAGUUUGCUGCCGGUGGCAGUGUAAGGACCCACUUGCAGAAGGCUAGAACUUUUGACAUACCGAGGGCUAGGUUCUACGCAGCCUGUAUUACACUGGGUUUGGAGGAGUUACAUGGAAAAGGCAUUGUACAUAGGUAAGCAAAAAAAAGUGUUGGUUUGACA